AUGAUGGGGGAGUUGGAGAUUUCCAUCAUGGCGGCUUCCAUUUCGGGCUACACCUUCAGCGCUGUGUGUUUCCACAGCGCCAACAGCAACGCCGACCACGAAGGAUUUUUGCUGGGAGAGGUAAGACAAGAGGAAACCUUUAGCAUCAGUGACUCACAAAUUAGCAACACAGAGUUUCUGCAAGUCAUCGAAAUCCAUAACCAUCAGCCUUGUUCAAAACUUUUUAGUUUUUAUGACUAUGCAAGCAAAGUUAAUGAAGAGAGUUUGGACAGGAUUCUCAAAGAUCGGAGAAAGAAAGUCAUCGGGUGGUACCGAUUCCGGCGGAACACGCAGCAGCAGAUGUCCUACAGAGAGCAGGUCCUCCACAAGCAGCUCACCCGCAUCCUCGGGGUGCCCGACCUCGUCUUCCUCCUCUUCAGCUUCAUCUCCACCGCCAACAGCUCCACUCACGCUCUAGAGUACGUUCUCUUCAGACCAAAUCGAAGGUACAAUCAGAGGAUAUCCCUGGCGAUUCCCAACCUAGGCAACACCAGCCAGCAGGAGUAUAAAGUAUCCUCGGUGCCAAAUACAUCUCAGAGUUAUGCCAAAGUUAUUAAAGAACAUGGUACUGACUUCUUUGACAAGGAUGGAGUAAUGAAAGACAUCAGGGCGAUUUAUCAGGUUUAUAAUGCACUUCAGGAGAAAGUGCAGGCAGUGUGUGCAGAUGUAGAAAAGAGUGAGCGAGUAGUCGAAUCAUAUCAAGCAGAAGUGAACAAAUUAAGAAGACAAAUAACUCAGAGGAAAAAUGAAAAAGAACAAGAAAGAACGUUGCAGCAGGCCGUGAUGAGCAGGCAGAUGCCGUCUGAAAGUUCUGAGCAGGCGCUCAGCCCGCGGACGCCCUGUGCGGGCUUUGCAACUGAAGGUAGAAGUACACUGGCCGACGCAGAGGCCUCUGACCCCCCUCCCCCUUACUCUGAUUUCCACCCAAACAAUCAAGAAAGUACUUUGAGCCAUUCUCGCAUGGAGACGAGUGUCUUCAUGCCUCGACCUCAAGCUGUGGGCUCUUCCAGUUACGCUCCCAGCAGCGCCGGACUGAAGUACUCGGGAGCUGGAGCAGACCUUCCUCCUUCCCAGGGAGCCGCUGGAGACAGCGUGGAGGAAUCAGACGACAGCGACUACGAAAAUUUGAUUGACCCUGCAGAGCCCCCUAAUAGCGAAUACUCACACGCGAGGGAUUCUCGACCUGUGACACAUCCCGACGGGGGCUCCAGGAACACUCAGACGUCCCAGAUUUAACUGAACAGAGGAAACUCUCCCCGCUCUCUUCGUCGCUUAUUCAGAGAGGGUUCGGAGGAUGCAGUCUGGAAGGGAGAACUGCUUUCUCGGACCCCUGGGCUCCCAGAGAGUCCCGGGCACAGAACUGGGAGGGGCCUCGCCUCCGAAGGGCCUCACCUGCCGACGCCGUGUCAGGUGUCGCGACAGAAUCACUAAGAUCAUCAAAUCGUCCUCAUUCUGGUGCGAUUCAUGGAUGUACUGGUAAAUUUAGGCAGAGAGAAACUUAUCACCGUAGUUUCUGUUCUUUAAAAUAAAUUGGUAAUUAGAGACUAAGCACAAUUAGUCUAUAAAUGUUCUAUAAAUCAAAAACUUACCUCUUGCACUAUCAUGCCUUGAAAUUUACUUUUUCAAAGGGAAAUGAGUUUAGCAGCAGCCUUCAAAGACCCUUCUUUCUAUGAUGAGCCAAAUUCAUCUUUGCCGGAAAAGAAAUUUUGAUCCUUUGAAGGAGCCUGGUUGGAACAAAUCGGAUGUAGCUUCUCUUGUCUGCAUGACUCUGAGAUCAAAAGAGAAGGCUUCGUUUUCACUUUUUCUACUAGCCUGAUAUGUAUUGUCACUUAAAAUGGUUGCCUUUAAAAACAUGUAGAAAUACUAAUUACCAGUAAGUAAUCAUCCAAAUACGUAUGUCAUAAAAUAAAUUACUUAUUUUCCUUUUGUGGAAUCACAGUGAGUGCUGUGUUGCACCAGCCACAUUUACAGUCUCUGUUCUGGGGCCUUGAGUGAAGGGCAGUCACCAGUGGGCCCCAGGAGGGGUCAGGUUCCGACCCGAGGUGUGUGAUGAGCAGACUCCAGACACAGUGAGUUUAGCCGAGUUCACACAUAAGGCAUCUAACUCGUUUAGACCUUCCGACAAAUCCUAGUGGUGGUUUUGUUUGUGGAGAAAAGACGUUUCGUAAGCUGUCGGAAUCUCGGUGAAUGAACACUCGUUUCCAAUCUGAGUAACCACACUUCUUAAAGCUGCCAGUCAGAGGAUAAUUGUGGAAUGUGUUGAGAGUUCCUGUUGGGAUGCACUUAUAUUUUUAUUUAAUUAGUGCUUGUUUUCUAGUUUUGCCCAGAGCGUGUGAUGCCACUGCAGACAUUCAGGAGCAUUUUAGGCUCCUGGUUUGGGGACGACAAGACCCACCGUUUAUGGCAAGGUCAGCCCACGAAGUGAAUGCUUUGGAACAUGACUGCCUUGCCUUUGGACUAGUUAAAACGCGGGAAAAUAAGGAGGUUGUCAGAGAGGCUCCUGAUCCAGGUUCUGAGAGAGCAGUUUCAUUUUGCAGAAGAGAGGUUUGCUCACUGAGCCAGUGCCAGUGCUCAAGCAGACAACACACACUGAAAAUGAAACACCGAAACUGCCGUUCUUUUGACGCCCAUCUGCGGGGUCUGUGUUUUCUAGUCUCCUGUUCUGUUGGCCUUAAAGCACUGCCGUUUGAUUGGAAACGCCACAGACCACUCACCUGCAAAUGUGCUCUGUUUCAGCACCUGCUAGGGCUUCCUCCCCAGUGUGAGUUUAAUUUUCUUUUAAGUGCCAUUGCCAUCUGCCCUGUUCCUAUUUUGACAUUCAGGAAUAUAUUUUUAUUUUAUGCCAUACCGAAGUCUACAAUGUGUAUCUGACGAAGCAGUUAAAUGUGACAAUAAAAACUUAUUUAAUCAUG